GGUGAUAGCACAUCCAGGUUUCUAAAGAACAAGCUGAGUCCUAGGGAAGAGCAAGACCCCUGUCCCCCAUAUAACAUAUACACUACAUCUACUGCGGCAAAUACGUACACACAAGCAUCUGUGCACAUAUAUAUUAUUGUUCAACAUAGUUUAAUUGUUUGCGUUCAUCUUCUCUAACUACAAAACUAAGUUCACAGUUCUCUUUAUCAUCCCAAGUUUCUUCCUUUGUGAAAGGCCCACUAUCAUCUACUCUUACCACUUCCAAGUAAAUCCAUCUCCAAAUAUUUUGUUCACAGUCUGCCUCCCGCCUGAAAGAUAAGAAAACUUUAGUGGGUUCCAAGGAGUCUGAGAAAGCUUUGUUUUCUAUUUCCCGUCUUCCAAAGCUCCUAUACCCAGCAGGGUGCGGGGCCAUGUUAUCUAAACUGUGGCUUUACUUUUGGCUGGAACUAGGUCACCUCAAGGGCUGACCGACUUGAAGCCCUCACUGUGGCAAGUGCCUGUUCUCUUGUUAUGAACAAUAGCUGGCAUUCCCCCCCAGGCACGAUUUCCAUAGUCCUCAGCAACCCUGGAGUGAGUUCCCCGGGAAUGCAGGCCCAGAGAGGAAAGAUCACAGUCAGGAUGCAACUCAGCUCUGCCUGACCUUCAGUCCGUUUGUGUGAGAACUGCACGCGUGGCUCCAGGCCUGCAGAGGAGCCAGAGGGCGGGCCGGGGAAGCUCGGGGCAGAGCCGUGCCCUGGUGGCGGCCCAUAGGGGCAGAGCUGGGCUCCUCCCAGAAGCCCCUGCAGGUCCCAGCUCCAGGGACUUCCCGGGUUGCAGCAAGAUGCCUCAGCCCUGCAUCACAGCCAAACUCAUCAAUGGAGGUGUAGCGGGGCUCGUGGGGGUGACCUGCGUGUUCCCCAUGGACUUGGCCAAGACUCGCCUGCAGAACCAGCAUGGGAAAGCCAUGUACAAAGGAAUGAUCGACUGCCUGAUGAAGACAGCUCGGGCGGAGGGCUUCUUCGGCAUGUACCGAGGGGCUGCAGUGAACCUCACUCUGGUCACUCCAGAGAAGGCCAUCAAGCUGGCAGCCAACGACUUUUUCCGGCAGCUGCUCGUGGAAGAUGGGAUGCAGCGGAACCUGAAGAUGGAGAUGCUUGCCGGGUGUGGGGCUGGGAUGUGCCAGGUGGUGGUGACCUGUCCCAUGGAAAUGCUCAAGAUUCAGCUGCAGGAUGCUGGACGCCUGGCCAUCCAUCGUCAGGGCUCAGCCUCAGCACCCUCCACCUCCAGGUCCUACACAACUGGUUCGGCUUCCACCCACAGGCGCCCCUCUGCCACCCUCAUUGCCUGGGAGCUGCUCCACACUCAGGGCCUGGCUGGGCUCUACAAGGGCCUAGGUGCCACUCUCCUCAGAGAUAUUCCCUUCUCCAUCAUCUACUUCCCACUGUUUGCCAACCUUAACAACCUGGGGUUCAACGAGCUCGCCGGUAAGGCGUCCUUUGCACAUUCCUUCGUGUCAGGCUGUGUGGCAGGUUCCGUAGCUGCGGUCGCAGUGACGCCUCUAGAUGUUCUGAAAACUCGAAUCCAAACCCUCAAGAAAGGCCUGGGUGAGGACAUGUACAGUGGUAUCACCGACUGUGCCAGGAAACUCUGGAUUCAGGAGGGACCAUCUGCCUUCAUGAAAGGCGCUGGCUGCCGGGCACUGGUCAUAGCACCUCUCUUUGGGAUUGCUCAAGGGGUCUAUUUUUUUGGGAUUGGAGAGCGCAUCUUAAAGUGUUUUGAGUAGACAGAGCUGGAGGUCAAGUCCCUGCGCUCGCCGCCCUCUCUCUAGCCCAUUUUACUUAGCCUAGAGGGGGCAAGGGCAGGCGGGGCCACUCCGGCCUGCCUGGUCCUCUGCGUUGUAGUGCUACCUCAAUCUCGGGAGAAACAGCCCUAUAUUCUAACAAGUUGAGCAUAGCCUUCUUCCUCUUCAUGUCUACGCUCAUGUUCCUUUGUGGGCACAGCUACCAGGGGCUUUUGGAAGCCCCUAACCACCUACUUUUCAAUAAAAAUGGUACUUUCAUUGUAUUAA